AUUAUCACAGCGAAUAAAAUUUUACAGCUGUUUUACCUAAUAGCUCGAAUGAAUUGACUUUUAAUCCUAAUUUGUGUAAAUAAAGACGAUUUUAAUGACUUUUGGAUCAUCAUAAAUCUAACGACGUAAGUUGUAACAAUGUUACUGUGAACCAUUGGAUUCUUCAAUGUAUCCCCCAAUCAUUGACAUCAGAUGAAAAAUGAAAUCAUUUUUCAAAUUAAUCUUUUUUCAUCUUGCUGAAGCUCAAGCCGAUUGAAUGAUGAUCCUCCUUAUUUGAGACAAUUAGUGUUUUAAUUAUACUUAUAAAACGAUUUCUUAUUAGUCUUUUGUCCAAUUUUUAAGGUAUGUCUGACUCCGAUGCUGCAAAAAAUACUGAGGUUAAACCCUCAGCUAGUGGUAAAUCUCCAACAGAUGAUGGUCCUUGUGACGAUUUACACUACGAUAUGAUGACCUCUUCUUACACAGAAAUCUCUUUUGAUGAAAGUGAUUUAGAGGAUGGUAUUGAAGCUGAUGAUAAUAAUGGUGACUCAACAAACUCAGCUGAUGCCAGUAAAAAUAAGCAAAUUCCCGGCAGUUUAUCAUUGCCUCAUUUAUCUUCAACUAUUAUUGAUUGGAGCGAACGAGCUAAAGCAGAGUACGAAGCUGAGUUUGGUAAUACAUCUGCAAACAAGCCAUCUACUGAAGAAAAAGAAAAACUUGCGGGAAAUAUUGAAUACUCAGACGAUGGUAUGAUCACAUUCGUCGCCCAUGAUCUGGAAAACAAAUUACGCUUAUCUUCAGUCAUGUCAAGCCCUUGUAUUAGUUCCUCUAGUGACGAACCAUCCUCUUCGAAUUCAGCCACUCUAGACUUGAAUUUUCUGAGUAAAUUAGAGUCCCAAGCUCAACAAAUCUCCAAAAAUUUGGACCAAGUGAUGAAAUAUAUCUACAAUUAUACAUGUCAAGUAUCUUCUUUGACACUUAAUAGUGUAAAAAACUUUGAAACUUGUUUAACUGCAACCUGUGAUUCCGUUGAUUCCAAUAUAAAGUUAAUGUAUCAAUUAAUGGCCAAAUACGAAGAACUUGGAAGUGUCAUGUCUCCAAUUGAAAAAUUAGCAGAUGAAAUAAAAGAAGUGAAAAGGCUGCUUGCUCUUUUUGAGAGAGAAAUGGAAACAAAUCGAUACCAACAGUGAAAUAUUGUAUAUGAACGAUGAACCAAGCAAUCUACAAAUAAAGAAAAUUAUCAAGGAAUUUAUAAAUUUCCAACAUGCAAAA